UCUCUUCUCUUCUCUUCAGCUACAACGCUCUCUCAAUCGCUUCUUUUGCACUCUUUAGCUGCAGAUUUGUAUAUUCUACAACUUAAACAAUUCUGUCGUGACUAAGAUUUAAUUACUAACACCUUAUUUCCAAAAUUGAGAUUUUUCAAUGCGGAAAGUGGAUUAAUCGAUCGAUCGAAAAUAGCUCAAAUUGCAAUUCAAACUCAAUAUUUUCACAAAAAACCAGCAAAAACCUUUAGUUUCUGUUUUGGUGUUCUUUUAUAAUUUGCUUACGAGUGUUUUUCCGAUUUAGCGCAAGCUUUACACCCUCUAUUUCUCAAAAAUGAUGAAAGUCACAUCUCUGAAACUGACCAAGAUCAACCCCCACCUGAUCUGUCCCCUCUGCAAUGGCUACUUAAUCAACGCCACCACAACUAUCGACUGUCUGCACACAUUCUGUAAAAGCUGCAUCUACAACUACCUACAAACACAAACUUCAGACAACAAGAAAUGCUGCCCUAUAUGUGAGACUUUUCUAAACCGGUCCAAACCCAAUGAAUCUCUUAAACCGGAUCCAGUUUUGCAAAAUAUUGUGUACAGUGUAGUUCCAAAUCUUUACUCGUUGGAACGGGAAAGAAAGAGUAGAUUUUAUGAGGGUGAAAAAAUGCGCCAGACAAUUUUGAGCUCACCCAACCCGAGCUUCGACGCAAUUUUUGGCCCAGAAUUUUCGGAGAUACCACUUUUAUCGCCAAAUAAAUCGACAUUUAAACUUUCUUUGCAUUACUUGAUGAGCGAUAAAAAUGCAUCUAGAUCGGUUCCAGUAUCCACGUUCAAAAUUCCCCAUCAAGUUACAUUAGCAGAUUUGGAGCAAAUUUUACGAGUAAAAUUUAAGCUUACCGACAAACAUUUUUUGGAGUUUUACUACUCUUCCGAGUCAGAUUGUGUGAAAAAGUAUUUGAACACGGAGGAAAUUUACAAAAUUAUGGAAAAUAAUGGACUGACUUCCGUUUUCAACCAGGAGCACGAAGCUGAAGACGUGAAGGAACUUGAUAUUUAUUACAGAAUUUACGCUAUCAAACAGAAGAGGCAACAAAGGAGUCGGAGUCAGUCGGAGGAGGAGCCAGAGGCAAAGAAAAAAAUAUCGACAGGAUCCAAAUUGAAACCGGCUUCUGGGAAUACAAAACUGAAAUCAUCUUCUCACUCAGUAUCUACUAGCCCAAAAAGAUUAUCAAAAUCAAACUCAAACACAAGCAAAAAACAAGCAGAAAAUAAAAAGAAAAUUGGGCCGAAAGAAGCCGAUGAAGCGGGCUCCAGUGUUUCUUCUGUUAAUAAUGAGGCUGCGAAGUUUAGCAUUAACAGCUUAUUGUAAAAUAAUUUAAAAGUUUUAUGGACGAACUACCCAGGUUAAAACGCUCGUUUCUGCCGCAAAUAAUUUCUAUGUUUCAAAGACACUUGUCUAAGGAACCCAAUACCAAAUGAUGCUACAUAUGCCGGCGAAUGGUAGGGCGACUAUUCGUAACAGGCGACAAUUCGUAACAGGCGACAAUUCG